CGGGCAGGCCGGGGAGAGCUUGGGUGGAGAAUCUGGACGAAACAAGGUCCCAGAUGGCAAAUUCUAUGAAUGGCAGGAAUCCUGGUGGUCGAGGAGGAAACCCCAGAAAAGGGCGAAUUUUAGGCAUCAUUGAUGCUAUUCAAGAUGCAGUUGGACCUCCUAAACAAGCAGCAGCUGAUCGAAGAACAGUGGAGAAAACUUGGAAACUUAUGGACAAAGUGGUCAGACUGUGCCAAAAUCCAAAACUUCAGUUGAAAAAUAGCCCACCAUAUAUACUUGAUAUAUUACCUGAUACAUAUCAGCAUCUGCGACUUAUAUUGAGUAAAUAUGAUGAUAACCAGAAACUUGCCCAACUCAGUGAGAAUGAAUAUUUUAAAAUCUACAUUGAUAGUCUUAUGAAAAAAUCCAAACGUGCAAUAAGACUCUUUAAAGAAGGCAAGGAGAGGAUGUAUGAAGAGCAGUCGCAGGACAGGCGAAACCUCACAAAACUGUCUCUUAUCUUCAGUCAUAUGCUGGCAGAAAUAAAAGCCAUCUUUCCCAAUGGUCAGUUCCAGGGAGAUAACUUCCGGAUCACAAAAGCUGAUGCUGCUGAAUUCUGGAGAAAGUUUUUUGGGGACAAAACUAUUGUACCAUGGAAAGUAUUCAGACAGUGCCUUCAUGAAGUCCAUCAAAUUAGCUCAGGGCUGGAAGCUAUGGCUCUAAAAUCAACAAUUGAUUUAACUUGUAAUGAUUACAUUUCAGUUUUUGAAUUCGAUAUUUUUACUAGGCUAUUUCAGCCUUGGGGCUCAAUUCUAAGGAAUUGGAAUUUCUUAGCUGUAACACAUCCAGGUUAUAUGGCAUUUCUCACCUAUGAUGAAGUUAAAGCACGUCUUCAGAAAUACAGCACUAAACCUGGAAGCUACAUUUUCCGGUUAAGCUGCACUAGAUUGGGACAAUGGGCCAUUGGCUAUGUGACAGGAGAUGGCAAUAUUUUGCAGACCAUACCACACAAUAAACCCUUAUUUCAAGCCCUCAUUGAUGGCAGCAGAGAAGGAUUCUAUCUUUAUCCUGAUGGGAGGAGUUACAAUCCAGAUUUAACAGGGUUAUGUGAACCCACACCCCAUGAUCAUAUAAAAGUUACACAGGAACAAUAUGAAUUAUAUUGCGAAAUGGGCUCCACAUUUCAACUCUGUAAGAUAUGUGCCGAGAACGACAAAGAUGUGAAGAUUGAGCCUUGUGGCCAUUUAAUGUGUACUUCUUGUCUUACAGCAUGGCAGGAGUCAGAUGGCCAGGGGUGCCCCUUCUGUCGCUGUGAAAUCAAAGGAACUGAGCCCAUAAUCGUCGAUCCAUUUGAUCCUAGAGAUGAAGGAUCCAGGUGCUGCAGUAUCAUCGACCCCUUUGGCAUGCCAAUGCUGGACUUGGAUGAUGAUGAUGACCGAGAGGAGUCCUUGAUGAUGACCCGGUUGGCAAACGUUCGAAAGUGCACAGAACGGCAGAAUUCACCAGUUACAUCACCAGGAUCCUCUCCCUUGGCACAAAGAAGGAAGCCCCAUUCUGACCCACUCCAGAUUCCACACCUCAGCCUGCCACCUGUGCCUCCACGCCUGGAUCUCAUUCAAAAAGGAAUAGUUCGCUCUCCCUGUGGCAGUCCAACUGGCUCACCAAAGUCUUCUCCUUGCAUGGUGAGGAAACAAGACAAGCCCCUUCCAGCACCCCCUCCUCCUCUUCGAGACCCUCCUCCACCACCACCCGAGAGACCCCCUCCAAUCCCACCUGACAAUAGACUGAGUCGUCACUUCCAUCAUGUGGAAAGUGUGCCUUCUAGAGACCAGCCCAUGCCUCUUGAAGCCUGGUGCCCUCGUGAUGUAUUUGGGACUAAUCAGUCUCUGGGAAAUCGACUCCUAGGGGAAGGAUCCCCAAAGCCUGGAAUGACAGCAAGUUCGAAUGUAAACGGAAGGCACAGUAGAAUGGGGUCGGACCCAGUGCUUUUGCGGAAACACAGGCGCCAUGAUUUGCCUUCAGAAGGAGCCAAGGUCUUUGCCAAUGGUCAUCUAGGAAAUGAAGAAUAUGAUGUUCCUCCCCGGCUCUCUCCCCCUCCUCCAGCCACAACUCUUCUCCCUAACAUCAAGUGUACUGGCCCAUUAGCAAAUUCCCAUUCAGACAAAGCAAGGGACGUCGGAGAGGAAGAGGACGAUGAAUACAAGAUUCCUUCAUCACAUCCAGUUUCCCUAAAUUCACAGUCAUCUCAUUGUCAUAAUGUUAAACCUCCUCUUAGGUCUUGUGAUAAUGGCCACUGUAUAUUAAAUGGAACACAUGGUCCAUCUUCGGAGAUAAAGAAGUCAAAUAUCCCUGAGUUGGGCAUAUAUGUAAAGGGACAUGUUUUUGAGUCAGCCUCUGAUCCAGUGCCAUUACCACCUGCCAGGCCUCCAACUCGGGACAAUGCCAAGCAUGGCGCUUCAGUCAACAGGACGCCCUCUGAUUAUGAUCUUCUCAUCCCUCCAUUAGGUGAAGAUGCUUUUGAUGCCCUCCCUCCAUCUCUGCCACCUCCCCCACCUCCUGCAAGGCACAGUCUAGUGGAACAUUCAAAACCUCCAGGCUCCAGUAGCCGACCAUCCUCAGGACAGGACCUUUUCCUUCUUCCUUCAGAUCCUUUUUUUGAUGCAGCAAAUAGCCAAGUUCCUUUGCCUCCUGCCAGGAGAUUACCUUCUGAAAAUGUCAAAUCCCACAGAAUGUCACAGGACUAUGAUCAACUUCCUUCAUCUACAGACGUUUCUCAAGCACCAGCCAGACCUCCUAAACCACGGCCCCGAAGGACUGCACCCGAAAUCCACCAUCGAAAACCCCAUGGGCCUGAGGCGGCAUUAGAAAACGUGGAUGCCAAAAUUGCAAAACUCAUGGGAGAAGGAUAUGCUUUUGAAGAAGUCAAGAGAGCCUUAGAGAUCGCCCAGAAUAACGUGGAAGUGGCCCGGAGCAUCCUCCGAGAAUUUGCCUUUCCCCCUCCAGUCUCCCCACGUCUCAAUCUAUAGCAACUCAAGCAAUUGUGGAAUAUUCCAGGAGUGCAGAAAGGAGAGACUGAGAUGGGAUUCAAGACUGACAGUUUCUCCUCCUUGCGUGGUGUCUGGAGCCAAGAAGGUCUUGACUAUGCUGCUUUCCUGAAGAAGGCUCAGGAUGUCAGCGGCUAGGCUUUCUUUUUUAUCUAGCCAUACUUUUGAAUCAGGGUUGAACUGACAAAAAUAAUUUAAAGACGUUUACUUCAUUGAACUUUGAAUCUGUGAAAUGCUUUUUUCCUUGUUUACAAGUUGCAACGUUGCAGUUUUUGUUG